AUGAAGCUGUUGUACGGUCUGGUUGCCGUGAUAGCGGCAACCCUCGUUAGUGGUCAGGUUCCGUGCGAUCCAUCGGUAACGUGUCCCACCUUCAACUGUCACCCGAAUCCGAGUUGCCCGGCCAAGGAUCCGGUGCACCCGGUGCAGCUACCUCACACUGACUGUUCGAAGUUCUACAAGUGCAGCGGUGGUAAUGCGUGCGAGCAGAUCUGCCCGACCGGGCUGCACUACAACAAGGCUGAGCAGGCAGAUAACGCCUGCGACUGGCCCGAGCGGGCUUGCUGCGAUCCGACCGUUCCGUGCGAUCCGUGCAUUCCCGGCGUGACCUGCCCCACCCUACCUGGGCCCGGCGACGUUCCGACGACCCCAAUCCCAAUUCCUACUACUCCUGUCCCUGUUCCAACUACUCCUGCUCCUAUUCCAACUACUCCAGCUCCGAUUCCCACGCUACCCGAUGUACCGUGCGAUCCAUCCGUCACAUGCCCGCUGAACUGUGUGUCCGAUAUGCGUUGUCCGCCGCGCGACGGUCCCACAGCAAUCCUGCUGCCGAGCACCAACUGCAACAAGUUCUACAAGUGCCAGUCAGGGCGGGCCUGUGAGUUCGAUUGCCCACCGGGGCUGCACUUCAACAAGGAUCGGAUGGUGUGCGACUGGCCACAUCAGUCUGCGUGGAGCUGUAACCUCUGCCUCCCAGGUGCCUGUGUGAACGAUGCGCGUUGCCCACUGUUGGAUAAUCCGCUCGCCCCAACCUUCCUGCCGCACGCACAGGACUGCAGUCGCUUCUACAUUUGCUCGCAUGGACAAGCGUGCGAACACACGUGCCCGGCGGGAUUACAUUGGAGUCCGGCGCACAGUCGCUGCGAAUGGCCGAACGUAGCCUGCUGUGACCCGACGAUCGAAUGUCGUCCGGGGUGCCCGGAAGUAUGCCCACCACCUGCGACGACUACAACGACCACAACGACAACUACGCUACCACCUCCCGUGACAACGACGGUGCUGCCCGAUGUACCCUGCGAGCCGUGCCUGCAGCAGUGCAUCGACGAUUCACGGUGCCCGAUCGAUGACAAUCCGUUCGAUCCGACGUUGCUACCGCACGAAAAUGACUGCACCCGGUUCUACAAGUGUGCGUUCGGUAAGCGCUGCCUGAUGGUGUGUCAACCGGGGGAGCACUUUAGCGAAGAAAAGGGGCGUUGCGAGCUGCCGCAGUAUGCCUGCUGCGAUCGUACCAUCAUCUGCCUGCCGUUCCCCACUCCGGGUGAUCCGUGCUGGCCAGACGCUUGUCCCACACCGGCACCGGCCAAUUGUCGACCCGAUGCUGGCUGUCCACUGGACGAUGAUCCGAACAAUCCACUGCUCCUGCCUGUACCGGCGAACUGUGGUUCGUUCUACAAGUGUAACGAAGGCCAGGCGUGCCUGCUCCCAUGUCCGCCGGGGCAACACUUUAGUCAACAGCUGCAAAGAUGCGAGCGACCAGAGAUAGCGUGCUGCGAUCAGUCCGCAGUCUGCUGUGCGGCCUGCGUUGCGCAACGUCGCCAGCAGCUUAACCGGCUGCUCGGUAUCAAGAGUUACGAUUGA